AUGAAAUUCUCCACCGGCAUCUUCAGCACUUCACUCUUGGCGAGUGCCGCCAUUGCGGCUCCCCUGACAGCGCAGCGCCAGGCCCGUCAGGAGGCCCGCCGCCUCGCUCGCGCCAAUGGCAGAGAGAGCCACCCACCUUAUAAGCCAGGUACCAAUGAGGUUCUUCAACUGAACAAGACCUCACAUGAGCAAUACAGCUCCAACUGGGCUGGUGCCGUGCUUAUCGGUACUGGCUACACCGCUGUGACCGCGGAAUUCACUGUUCCCACUCCCAAGGCCCCUUCUGGAGGCUCCUCGAGCACACAAUACUGUGCCUCUGCGUGGGUUGGUAUUGAUGGAGAUACCUGCAGCUCUGCUAUUCUGCAGACUGGAGUGGAUUUCUGCGUCCAGGGUGGCUCUGUCACGUAUGACGCUUGGUAUGAGUGGUAUCCCGACUAUGCCUAUGACUUCAGCGGUAUCAGCAUCUCCGCCGGAAAUGUGAUCAAGGUCACCGUGGAUGCUACUUCUACAACUGCCGGCACUGCCACUGUUGAGAAUGUCUCUACCGGCAAGUCUGUAACUCACACGUUCAACGGUGGGGUUGACGGUACUCUCUGCGAGUAUAAUGCCGAGUGGAUUGUUGAGGACUUCGAAUCUGGCAGCUCCCUCGUUCCGUUCGCCAACUUUGGAACGGUCACCUUUUCGGGUGCUGAGGCCACUGAUGGCAGCUCCACUGUUGGUCCAUCCGGUGCUACCCUCAUCGAUAUCGAACAAAACAACCAGGUCCUUACUUCCAGCUCUGUCACCUCCAACAGCGUGACCGUGAAGUAUGUUUAA